UAAGUUACAAAUGUGAACUUGAAUAAUCUGAUGUUGUUGUUUUCCCUGUUAAUAAAUUUUAUCUCGUCGCCCAAACGGCAUUUCCUUCGUCUCAUCUGUGCUGAGUGUUUAUAACGCGAUAUCUUAUCUCAUUACCCUCUACAACGUAAUCUCGGGAGUAGACGUCGCGCUGGAUGCUGUAAAAUUGACGCAGAAUAAUCGCCAUAGGAAACAGCUACGUGCCAACACACCAUAAGCGAAAAGAAUAGAGCCCUUAAAUUUACUGAUACAGCCGAGGCCUCGGCCACUUAGUUCGAAAACCUGGGUGCUUUAGUAAGCCUCGUCAUGGACAACGGUGCUGGUACAGCCGAAAAUGAAGAAAUAGCCGUUCUACGUCACGCUAAGUACUUCGUGCGAUUUUUGAACAUUCUACCGGCAAGAUUGGCUUCUCAUGAUUCUACCAGAGUAACGAUUGCAUUUUUCGCCGUAAGUGGAUUAGAUGUUCUGGACGCUCUGUACCUUUUAUCAGAUUCGUUCAAAAAGGACAUCAUUAAUUGGAUCUACAAACUUCAAGUGAUUCCGAAACCUGGUUCAAGGCCUUGCGGAGGAAUACAGGGAUCAAACACUUUAAAUAUAGCAAAUCCGCCGGAUUGUUGCGGGCUUGACGCCUACCGUUGGGGUCAUCUUGCAAUAACAUACACAGGUAUCGCGGUUUUGGCGGCAUUGGAGGACGACUUUUCUCGGCUCGAUCGGAAAGCAAUAAUCGCCGGGGUUGCUGCUGUCCAGCGGGAUGAUGGCAGCUUUAGUGCCACUAUCGACGGCAGCGAGCACGACAUGCGGUUUGUGUACUGUGCUGCUGCCAUUUGUGCCAUGCUGAAUGAUUGGGGCAAGGUGGACAAGCAGAAAAUGGCUGACUAUAUCGUGAAAAGCAUUCGUUACGACUACGGCAUAAGUCAGCACUAUGAAAUGGAAUCCCAUGGAGGAACGACGUUCUGCGCCAUAGCCGCCCUCCAGUUGAGUGACCAGUUGGAUGUUCUUACACCGUCGGUGAAAGAGAAAAUUAUCCGGUGGUUGAUGUUUCGUCAGGAAGGUGGCUUUCAAGGUCGUCCUAAUAAGCCAGUAGAUACCUGCUACUCUUUCUGGAUUGGGGCAACACUGAAAAUUCUCGGCGCUUUUGAGUUGACCAGCUACAAGGACAAUCGCCAGUACGUGUUUUCGACACAGGAUAAAACUGUGGGAGGGUUUUCCAAAUGGCCCGGUUCACAUACUGACCCCUUUCAUACGUACUUUGGCCUCUGCGGGUUGAGUUUCCUGCAGGAGCCCGGCCUACAGCCGGUUGUACCCAGUUUAAACAUAUCUCAGCGAGCGUUCGAAAGACUGAAACAAUUACAUGCUGCUUGGGAGCUUGAAGCGCAGUCCGACGUGAGAGUUAACAUAGAGUAGAGCAAGCGAAGACCGAACGGGGAGACAAACAAUAGCUCGUAGAUCACUCGCACACUAAAUUGAUGUUAAUAUAAGAUGUAUAGUUUUACCAAUCUUUUCUAUCGAGCAAUUCCAUAGUUUGCUUACGAUUUUUUUUUUGUAUUUUCAUUUGCAGCUACGGCAUGCGAAAAUAUGUUAAUAUGGAUGUACGAUGAAUGUGGAAUGCAUAUUGCCGAAAUAGAAAUGAUUUUA